AUGGUGGAGAGCAGGGACAUGGCAGAGAAUGUGCCCAUAACCGCUACACCAGAGGAUUCUUUGCUUGCCCCACUGGAUGGUGCCAACAGUUCCCUUGCCAAAGACCAGGCACUGGAAGAGAUGCCCUCUUCAAUACAGGACAAUGAUGAGGUUGAGAAGGCCACCCCUUCUGUCACCAUGUCUUCUGAAGAGGUUAAAAUAGCAGAUGAUGUGAAUCAGUUAUGCCAAGAGCAGGAUGAUGGCCUCUCUGCUCAUCAAGAGAUGACAGCAGAACUCUCCACGGAACAACUGAAAGCAGAAGAUACUAUGAACUUGUUGGCUGAAGGGGAGGAUAGCAACCAUCCUGAGUGUCACAGCAAGCUACCAGAUGUCUUCUCAGAGCCACAGAGUAUUAUGGAAAACUCAGUGCUGGAGAGGAAGGAGGAAGAGGUUGAGGAAGUGGAGCAGGGCAGGCAACACCACUAUCAUAGUGAAGACCCAACUGUGCCUGCCGACUCCAUGGAACAGCUGGAAAUUAACCAAGAGGCAAACAGUAGUCCUCUUGUUCACCAUCACAGUUCCUCAGAUGUUUCCCCUAAGCAACAGGAGUCUGACAACUCCUCAAGUCGCCUGGAUGAAAAUGAGGAAAGUGGAAUCGUGGGAGAUAGUCAUGACCAACCACCAGUAUCUCCUGAGAAACCAGAACUUGCCAAUAGCCCCACACAAGCUAUGGACAACCAGGAGAACAGCCAAAUCGAUUGUGCUGAUGUGUCUUCGUCCGAGUCUCCCAAGGGAUCGUUGAUGGACACAUAUUCAUCCAAGGAAGCAGGAGAAGGAGACUCAUUUGGCUUCCCUAGCAACCUGUCUCCCAGUCCUGCUUCUCCAACUGAGUCUGAAAAUCUUCACGAAGACUUGAAGCCAGACUGUCAAGAAAGUACAGAGGAUGACAGUGAAGAAAGGACAGCAAGUGAACAGCUAUCCCAGCCACAAAAGGAUGAAGAAUCUGAGAAUAAACAGUUUUUACAGACUGGCUCAGGUAACAAUCACCUUGAAAAAGAGGAGGAAGUUGCUCAAGAUUCUGCUUGUACCUCAGCGGCACCUUCUGUGGCAUUAGCAGACCCUCUUCCAGAUGCUGACCCAUAUUGCCAGCAGAGGGCAGCAGAAACAGGUUCUUCCGACACGGCUGCCCAUGCAGUGCCAACACAGUCUCCUGUGGCAACCGGGAUCUUUGGACCUGCCCAGCAGGGCCUGGCUGCCGCAUGCGACCAGGAAGGACUGGCACUUUGUGAACCAAGUGGAGCCGGCAACAACAGCGAACCCCAGAGUGAGGCUGGACCUGAAGCUGUGCUGGAGUCUGAGAACAAGAGUGAGGAAGCAACUGGGGACGCUGGCUCUGAAGAAGCCACCAGAGAACAAGAGGGGGUAAAGGAUCUUUCACAGGUGGGAAACCUGGCAAGCAAUCUUCCGCUCUUAGAAAGUCCAUCAGCAAAAACUGAUCCAUCAGAGACCAUGGUUCUAGCAAGCAUGGAAGAUCCACUUGAGGCCAGGGAACAAGCAGACUCUCAAGAUAUGGCCAGGGCUGCCAUUCCAACACAUGAUGGUCCUGACCCAGCCUCUGCAGAACAAAUGCUGCUGGAUGCUAGAGAUCCUGCAAAGGGUGAAGAGGGAUUGAGUGCUGAGGAGUCAGCUUGCACCAUACCCAGUUCGGACGAGCCCUCUACAAUGGGCAGCUUGGACGGCCCCACAAACUGGACAAGGAAUGCCUCCGGCCAUCCAGAGACCCCAAUUGAGCGGGAGAUACGUCUCCAUCUGGAACGAGAAGAACUUCUGCGCCGUGAGCGGGGUCUGGCCAGCCUUCGGGGCACCCAGGAGUAUGUGGAGGUGCGCAUCAGACCUUUUCUGAACCAAAGUGGGACGCUGCCCAAGGAGAAGGAGCGGCAAUGGGCUGGGGCCCAAAUGCAGCGAGAGAUCCAGCGGGAAUGUCGGCGGGAAGAGGACCUGGUGCAGCUUGGGAAGGUCAGAGGGGCCUAUGACCGGGGCACACCACAGGAGCUCCAGGAGAAGAAGAUGAUGUUCGAGCAGCACACCAGCCCAGAGUUUCUCACCCCCAGGAAGCCAGCAUGUGGCACUGCCGAAGGGACAAAGGGGCCUUCUUUUGCUGAGGCCAGCCGUGCCACCAAUAUGGUCAUUCUGGACUCAGAGGUUCUGCUACGACCCCAGCAGCCCCCAUCGGGGAGGGCCAGCCCCACAGGCAACCCCUUCUUCUGCUUGCGUGCCAAAAGUCCCCAGUCUCUGCUGGAGCAGGAAGUUCAGGAGGCCCAGGAACGAGAGCGGGAGCUGCAGAGGCAGAGGUACAGCCUGUAUGGCUCCGUUUCACCCUGCCAGGCAUCAGAGACCUCAGAGCAGGGGGAGAAGGAGGUCUCAACACAGGCAGAAAGACCUUCCUGCAAGAAGCUGGAGGUGACAUGGCCUCCACCAACCUCUUCUGAGACUUCCCAUGUGAAUGGGCUCUACCAGUCAGAGAAAAGUCCUCGAAUCCUUCGUCGCCAGAGGAGUGCCUUAAUUGAACGCUGGGAGUCAGGGGCCGUUGGCAACCAGGAGGAUGAAGAUUAGAGACAUUUUCUCAGCGAGAAGAAGCAGCGGUUCGCGUCUCCGGUGAUAAGACACAUGGCGGACCUGUGGGGAGCUUCCCCACUCCUAUGCAAGGACAUACUACCAGAGCCAACUAUGUUUUCUUUUCACUCAGCCUUUUGAUUUGACUAUCCCCAAAAACAUAUCUGCAGGGUGAUUAUGGGAUGGAACUAUGCUUAAAAUAGGCUGUGUUCUUCCAAACUUUUUAUAUGGAAUGAAGAGAAGGGAUGAAUGGGUAAGCUUCAAGUGCACAAAGCAUGACUAUUUGCUAGUGUUGCAUUUGCAAAGAGUCCCCUUGGAGGAUUCAUUCCAAGUGCUUUCCACAUUCUGCUCCAUGCUAGGUUUUUACUGGCUCUUUUGACCUGUAUUAGACAGACUCUCUGCAAAAGAUAUAUGGGUGCAUCCAUACUGGAAGCACAUGCUCAGAGAGGCACUGUUAGGCACACUAUUAGGAUGGCGGGAGUCAUAAGAGAGAGCAAGGCAUUAGGGAAUAUUACUUUUUGAACUACAACUCCCAGAAUCUCCCAAAACUCCUACUGGCUGGGGAUUCUGGGAGCUAUAGUCUAACAAAGAACCAAGCACUUGUGUCAGCAAUUCCCAUCCCAACAGAAUAUUUUUGUAUUGGGGUAAUUCAUUGGUUGCAGAGGACCAACAGUCUGUGUAGAUACAUAUCUCAAGAGGAUUGGAGGAAGUUACACUUUGGAGUAUAACUCCCAGAAUCCCUAGGUAAGGAAUUCUGUGUGUUGCGGCCAGGAAAGGAUUUCUCACUACCAGCCCUGGUCCCUGUGACAUUAGAGUGCUACUUCCAAUAAGAUCUUUUACUCUUUUAGUAUGAGAAUUUUGGCAUGUUUUUUUUCCUUUGGGUAUUUAACUUUAAGACAAAAAAAAAUGUCUUAUAAGAGCCACAGACUACAGAUAGCAAUGUGCUCCAUGUAUUAUCAAAGGCUUUCAUGGAAGGAAUCACUGGGUUGUUGUAGUUUUUUUCAUGCCAUUUGGUCAUGUUCUAGAAGCAUUCUCUCCUGACGUUUCGCCUACAUCUGUGGCAAGCAUCCCCAGAGGUAGUGAGGUCCCUACAAGCUCCUUCCAGAGUUUGCAAAAGUUACUUUUUUGUAUGUAGAUACCAUAAUCUCAUACCUAGAUGGCCAGUAAUUCAUAAAAAUGACCUCACAACCUCUGAGGAUGCUUGUCACAGAUGCAGGCGAAACGUCAGGAGAGAAUGCUUCUAGAACAUGGCCAUACAGCCCGAAAAACCUACAACAACCCAGAGUGCUCCAUAUUUUCACUGAGAAUGACUCAAGGCAAAAAAUGAUUGUCUUCUAGAGUAUGCUUUGCCUCUGAGAUUUUUUUUUAUUCAACAAGACGAGAAUCCUUCAGUUAGAAGAGAUGCUUGAUUUCGCGUAUUUCAGUCAGAAUUAAACAUCAUUUAAAAAUG